GUACAAAAAAGAAAUACCACGUAUACAACAAAAAAAAGUAGAAAAGAAUGUACUGCUACAUCAAAUCAAUCACAAAAUUAAAGAUAAAUUUUUUAAUAUGAAAAAAAGAGGAAUAUCAGGAGACUGAUGAAAGACAAAAGAAAAAAAAAUUAUAGACGGUGAGAGCGUAAAAUUCACAGCUAGUGUUCCACCUGCCAUGUCCGUCCGUGGAGGAGUGGACCACGAUAAUCUCAACAGCUACAAAGUUGAAGUUAACAUAUAUAUUUGGUAGAGUGGAGAGAGAGAGAGAUGCGUUAGGGAUCAUGCUCGUAUAUCAAAAUAUUCUCUAUACUGACCCCCAUUUCUCUAUUCCCGAACGACCAGUAGUCAAUACAUUCAUUCAUCUUUCGGCGCGGUACCUCCUAUAAUUAUCUCCCAUCCACACAACCUGAUAAUAAUUUUAUUAUUAUUAUUAUUAUGUAUCUUCCAAUCCAAAUCCAAAUCCAAAUGUGUUAUGUAUGUAUAUAUGCCUCUCCCUAGCUCUAUUAAGUCUGUCUAUCAAUAAUAUGAUCUGAGGUAGCUCUAGAUCUCUUAUUCGAUACUAGGCACUAGCUAGAGGAAUCAUCAUCAUCAUCAUCGAUCAUCAUCAUCAGUUCGAUCGGUGUGGGUCGAUAUCAUGACAAGCACGAAGGAGGCUAUCUUGGGCGGCGUAUUCAUGUUAUCAGCAGCUGUGGUAAUUGGGGUGGGGAGCGGGGACUCGACGGUGGCGCAGGAGAUGGAGAGAGGGUUCGCGGCGACCCACUCCCCGACGGACGCGCCGUUCCAGCCGAUCCUGUCGGAUGCGAGCGGCACCUUCUACCUGGGCUUCCUCCGCGUGGGCUCGUCCCUGCUCGACCUGGCGGUGAUCCACCUGCCCUCGUCGUUCCCCGUCUGGCGCGCCACGCCGGCCCGGCCCGCCCUCUGGUCCUCCCCCGUCUCCCUCUCCUUCAACGGCUCCCUCCUGCUCGCCCACCCCCAGUCCGGCCGCCUCCUCUGGUCCUCCUCCUCCUCGGCCGUCGGCGGCGACCGCGUCGUCAUCCUCGCUUCCUCCGACCUCCAAAUCCGGAAGGACGGCGGCGGCGGCGACGUCGCCUGGCAGAGCUUCCGCUUUCCGGCCGACACCGUCGUGCAGAGCCAGAACUUCACGUCCGGCAUGAGCCUGUUCUCGCCGGGCCGGCGGUUCACCAUGCACCUGGGGACCAACUACUUCGGGCUGUACUUCGUCGGCGGCGCGACCACGAUGUACUGGCGGCACACGGCGCUGGAGGCCAAGGCGCAGGUGCAGCCCGGGGGCGCGCCGCUGUACAUGCGGGUGGACCCGGACGGGUUCUUGGGCAUGUACCAGAACGGCUCCGACCCCGUGGACGUGAUCGCGUUCAACACCUUCAGCCGCAACAUGACGGGGCAGUUCCGGCGCCUGACGCUGGAGGACGACGCCAACCUGCACGCCUACUACUGGAGCGGGACGGGGUGGGUGGGCGAGUACACGGCCAUCGCCGACGCCUGCGAGAUCCCCACCACGUGCGGCGCCUACAGCGUGUGCAGGCCCGGGGCCGGGGCCGGGGCCCACCAGUGCACGUGCCUCGCGAACGGGACGGACGGGUGCCUGGCGACGCCCACGGGGGACUUCUGCGGGAGCGGCGGGGGAGGAACGGAGUUCACGGUGCUGAGGCGGAGCCGGGUGGACCUGGGGAACAAGGAGGUGAUGAGCCCGCGCGCGGCGGCGUCGGUGGACGAGUGCGAGGGCUCCUGCGCGCGCAACUGCAGCUGCUGGGGCGCCAUCUACAGCAACGCCACCAACACCUGCUACCAGGUGGACUACCCCGUGCAGCUGCUCCUGCAAGGGGACCAGUGGCACGUGGGCUACUUCAAGGUGAGGUCCAACGGCCGAGGCGGAGGGAGCAAUGGGGAUGAGGGUAGUAAGGAGGAGGAGGAGGAGGAGGAGGCGAGGAGGACGAGGGCGAAGGUCGCGCUUUUGGUGGUGGGGACCCUCAUAUUGGUGGCCGCGGCGGGCUUCGGCGCGUACAAGGUGUGGGGGAGGAGGAGGGCGAUCGCAGUCGACCGGGAGGGGCUCGCGCCGGGGCCCUACAAGGAUCUGGGCAAGGCCUCCUUCAAGUCCAUCGAGAUCGAGCUCGCCUCCUCCUCCUCCUCCUCCUCCCCCCCACAUUCUUAAGAGUUACGAUCUACGAUCUACGAACAACACAGCAACAGCUACAACUCCGACUCCCCAUUGGAGCCGCACUGGAGACGAACGAACGGGGCGAGCGAAUCCUCUUUCCUUCUACUCUCUCUCUCUCUCUCUCUCUCUCUCUUGUUUUGGCGUGCGGAGCUGAUGCGGUGGGGGUAAUGUUACUGGAGCGGUGACCAUACGCAUCCUAGCUGGGUGACGUGGGCCUCAUGGGUUGUCUUUUUUGAUGGGGGCCCCAAGAAAACAGGCCUUGGACUGGGCUGCUACCGUGUUAUACACGAGCUGUUCCUUUUGUAAAGAUAUAUAUGAGAUAAAAACAAAAUUUGAUGAUUGAUAUACUUUUAUCUUCGUGUUUUUUAUUGCACCUUUCUUUUAUUUGAAUUAUUAAUUCUCUUUCACUCUUCGUGAAUUGUUCUAUUCUAAGUGGGGUUUUUGUUUUCGUUUUUUUUUUUUUGGGGGCUUCGACCUUGUAAUUGGACUUAAUUUUGGUGGCCCACUCAUCUGCGUCUUCGAUGGGCCCUGGGGAGAAACGGAUCGGUGGCGUAGAUUCAUUUGUUACGGUAACAAUGCACGGUUGCAGAGAUUAAUAAUCCGAGACCCUUUUAUUUAAAAAAAAUUUCUGAGGAGGGGGGAGUACGGUUUUUAAGUUAAGGUUCUAUGAUCUAUCUAUUCGCCCAACGUCGGGAACCACUUCGGGUGGAGAAAAACCCUGAUUCGAAGGCUUCUUUGGACUGAAGACUAGGGGAUCCUGUUCUAGUACUCCAACUCACAAUUUCAAGAUAUGAAUCAAGAACAAAUGAAUUUCCAACUACUAGAUGAACAGUCUUACUCCUUGGUGAUGCAGUUUAUGUGUCAUGCUUCAAGGUUUCACAGUGAUAAUCCUUGUUGGCACACCGAGCGAUGCCUGCAAGACAUACACCGCAUAGUGUGGGAGAUGGAGGAAUUCAAGGUUAUAGUUCUUCUGGUUGCUUGUCAUUUUCUGAAAGUAGACUUGAAAACCGCAUCACAAUCAUUCGCUAGGCAUCAGAUCGAGGAGAAUAACGUGUCGCACAGCAAAUGGCGCUCUCUCCUUUGGAUUGCUUUAGCAGGUUUGGGCUUUGGAAGGAGGAGAAAGAGAAAAAGUAGGAGCAGAGUGUAGGGCUUAAGGAGAAUGUGUUGAAUAUCCUUGCAAUGCGGAGAUGCAACGGUUGCAGCUUUUGAACUGGAAGAAGCUAUAUACCUCCAAAUGCAGCCAAAGAAUCUUCUGAGUGAACUACUUCUGUCAUUAGUAAGAGAAACAACUGUAUUUAUGUGGAGCAGAGACUGAGCUGGUACCACUGCGAGUAAUGUGACCCACACACUUUAUUAGAAAGGUUCGUUAUGGCAUCUCUAGUCCUCUGAGUAUGUCAAAUUGUGCAAGUAUCUAUGCAAAAUUUGUAUUUAUGUGUGGACUUUUGAAAAACUUUGUUUAUUUGCAUGUAAUGGCCUGCCUCUAGGGCCAGUUUGGAUGAUUGAAUAAGUUAUCGUGUGAUA